UCGCGGGAACAGCCUGACGCGCCAGGGGACAAGGGUCGCUUGCUGACGUCACACGGUUCGGGCGGCUGGCGGGAGAUGGGACGCCGGCGUGGUCUGCAGCCUCAGUUACAGCUGAGGAUGGACUUCAGAGCGGUCGUGGUGUCGGCGGCGCUGCUGGUCGCCGUCUCUGCUCAGGGAAUUCAGCGACCGAAGGUGCACAGACUGCAUGUGUUGUCCGAGGUCCGCAACCGUUAUGCUAAAACGCUGAUCACCAGCAGGGUUGGCAACCCUGCAGCUCAAGCACAGGAAAUAUCCUUCGAUGCUGUGUUGCCUGAGAACGCCUUUAUUUCCCGCUUUCUAAUAGAGAUGGACAACGUGACCUACGAGGCCUACGUACGUGGCAAAGAGGAGGCCCGCCAGGAGUACGACGCAGCAGUGGCGGAAGGGCGUGGCGCGGCUCACGUCGCAGUCAGCGCACGCGAUUCCAACGUUGUGCACGUGUCUGUGAACGUUGAAGCGCAGAAAAAAGUAACCUUCAACCUGACGUACGAGGAGCUGCUGCAGAGGGAGAUAGGUGCCUACAACCUGCGCAUCAACAUCAACCCUCGACAGCCCGUAGAUGACCUGGCGGUGGAGGUGUGCAUAGAAGAGCAGGCACCCCUACGGCUGGUCGAGGUGCCCAGAUUGCAGGAGACCAACGAGAUCCUGGACACGCCGGACAAUGCCACGGACCCCCUGGCUCGCGUCGAGCGGCCCACGCCAUCCAGCGCCAUCGUGCGCUGGUCGCCCACCGAGGAGGAGCAGCGGCAGCGGGGCGCGGAGGGCAUCACCGGCCAGCUGGUGGUGCGCUACGACGUGGACCGCGACGCCAGCCCCAACCAGAUACUCGUGAGCGAGGACGGCUACUUCGUGCACUUCUACGCGCCUCCCGGCCUGCCGGCGCUGCCCAAACACGUCGUCUUCGUGCUCGACGUCAGCGGCUCCAUGAUCGGCCGCAAGAUCGAGCAGCUCAAGACGGCCAUGAACACCAUCCUGGACGAGCUCAACGCGGGCGACGUCUUCUCUCUGAUCCCGUUUUCUACUAACGUGAAGGUAUGGCAUCCAGACGUGCCGCUCACGUUUCGGCACUGGCAGCCGGGCGUGAGCUCUGCGUUCAACGCCAGUGCCAUCGUCGAAGCGACAAAUGAGAACAUCGCGAAAGCCAAAAACAGCAUCAACUCCUUUGAAGCCAGCGGACUCACGUACAUGUUCAGCGCUCUGGAAACGGCUCUGCGCGUGUCGGACGCGGGGGUGCACAGCGGGGGCGGCGGCUCGGCGCCGGGGUGGCGUCGGCACGCGCCCAUUAUUGUGCUGCUGACGGACGGCGAACCCAACGGCGACGUCAGCGACACUGACGAGAUCGUGCGCCGCGUCACCGAGCGCAACGCAGAGUCGGGCGCGGCGAUCUUCACGCUGGCCUUCGGCACCGGCGCCGACUACGGCUUCCUGCGACGCCUCGCGCUGCGCAACAGCGGCGUCGGCCGCAGGAUCUACGAGGCCGCCGACGCCCACCUGCAGCUGCGCAACUUCUACCGCCAGAUCGCCUCGCCGCUGCUCGCCGACGUCACGUUCAACUACGACGGCCAGCAGGUGGACGAGGACUCACUGACGACGGUGAAGUUCCCGACGCUGUUCGGCGGAGGGGAGCUGGUGGUGGCGGGCCGGCUGUCCUCCGGGACCAGAGAGCCGUGGUGUGCCGUGAGGAGCAGGGACGGCAACGCGGCAGACGCCGUACCGGCGCCAAACGUGGUCAACGUCACGUCAGCAGAGCGGCUGUGGGCCUACCUGACGGUGCGGCAGCUGCUGGACCAGGACGCCGCAACGCCAAACGAAACUCUCCGCACCAGGGCCAAGGACAUCGCUCUCAGGUACUCGUUUGUGACGUCUGUUACGUCCUUGGUGGUGGUCAAGCCGAAUGCUACGUCUGCAGUCAAUCUCGAUGAGCCCAACGCGCCAGGAGAAGCAGCGUAUGCUCCGGUUUCCUUCCAAGGACUACCGCCGGCUCCUGGGCUUCACGCAUUGCCGUCGUUUCCACAGAGCUGGCCGCAACUCGCGUCGCACCAUACGUUCUCAUUCCAUCAACAUAUGCCAAUGUCAUUCGAUGCGGCAUUAGAUUUGAGUUAUGAUCACGAUGACGACCUAGAUAUCGCCCCAGAUCCCGUCACAGCGCGCAGUUCUAAUUCCGGUGAUCCCGUAGUGGCCCAAACAGAGGUCGUGCCAACGCUGGCCGACAUUACGUGGCUGGGCCCGCUGCGGAACGGAUCUCAGGUCACACUGAAUAUUAACGGCACCGACCAACACCUCCAGCUCGCUGAGAACCAGACGGAGGGCAGCUUCCAGAAUUGCACCACGCCGCCUGGCGGAUCUGGCGUUUGCCGACACCUGGCCGCCUGUAUUCUCCCUGAUUUCAAGGAGAAGCUGGACGUCUUCCUCUCCGGUUGGCUGUGCGUCGUUGAGGGCAGUUUCCUUGGGGUAUGCUGUCCCGACGCCACCUCAGUUACACCAGCAGCCUAAGAAUUAGCGGCCCGCCGAAACAAGAGGACAACCUCUCGUAUGGAAGGUAGCAGAUCCGCAGUGGGAAGUCUGCAGUAACAGCGUAGCUGUAACAGAGAACAGUAGUGGAAGAUUUCCAAGCUGUGUCAAAUCAAUCAAACAUCACCGGCGACAACAAUAUGAACAUAGUGCUGAGCACACACAGGCCAAAAUGCGUCAGUUCUGUGCGCUACACUGAGCGCAGCAGGAAAAUGAAAUACACUCAGUGUAACGUUUAGUUACCAUGUAAACUUACUGUUGUUCUUACUGUUAAUAAAAUUUAAUUUUCUAUA